UUUCUUUAUCACUGAAUUCAGCAGCAAGUUGCCGCCAUCAAUCCAUACACUAGAAUUGGUUGUCUUCUCCGCCGAUUCACUCCUUUGUUUCAACUUCUCCCCACGGUACUGCUUUUCCAUCGACCUUUCCGAUAUGUUAUCUUGGCUUCAAAGCAAAUUUCUGUUAUUCCUUUUUCUUUCUAAGAAAAACAAAAUGGGAAAACCCGGGAAGAAAAUGCAACCUAAUGGAAUAUAUAAAAUUAUAAAUACGCUUAAAAUGGGAACCUGAGCUUGUAGAUAGUAGUGCGCCUUUACUUCAACAAAUUUCUUGCUUUGCGAAAAGUCGAGAAAUCUGUUUCAAUUCAAAAUGGCUAACAUCUGGUACAAGGUAGGGUUUAUCUUGCUGAGCUUUGCAGUCCUGUGGCUCACUCUGCUCCAGAAAAUGCCCUCGUCACUCAGCUUCCCGGCUUCUCUGGCUCUUUCCCUUCCAAGCACUACUCCGGGCCCCUGGAAUUCUGGAAAUGGGAUGCUUAGAAGGGUCCUGAUGUAUGUGACGAUCAAUGAAGAGACAGGGAAGAAAUUGUUCUACUAUUUGGUCGAAUCGGAAGGGAACCCGACCAAGGAUCCUCUGGUUCUCUGGCUUAAUGGUGGCCCUGGAUGCUCUAGCUUCGAUGGAUUUGUGUAUGAACAUGGUCCUUUCAAUUUCGAGAAGACAAAGCAAGGUCUACCCAAGUUGCAUCUGAACCCAUAUAGUUGGUCCAAGGUUUCAAGUGUUCUAUACGUAGACUCUCCAGCUGGUGUUGGUCUUUCUUAUGCCGACGACAUAUCAGAAUACGUAACUGGUGAUCUAAAAACUGCAACCGAUUCCCAUGACUUCGUCUUGAAGUGGUUUGAGCUAUACCCGGAAUUCCUUUCAAACCCUUUUUUCAUUGCUGGAGAGUCAUAUGCUGGAGUUUACGUCCCAACUCUUGCCAAUGAAGUUGCCAAAGGAAUUGAUGCUGGUGUGAAGCCUGUCAUCAAUCUGAAGGGUUAUAUGGUAGGAAAUGGAGUCACUGACGAAGCAUUUGAUGGCAAUGCUCUUGUUCCGUUUGCCCAUGGGAUGGGCCUUAUCUCAGAUGACCUGUAUCAGGAGACGAACCGUGAGUGCAAUGGAAAUUUCUAUAAUCCACUCGAGAGAGCUUGUGAGGAGAAACUGCAAGAAGUUGAUAGGCAAGUUAAAGGUCUAAACAUAUACGACAUCCUAGAACCAUGCUAUCAUGACAGCGCUGCUAAAGAUGCAGCAGAUAACAAAAUCAGACUGCCAUCCAGUUUCUUGGAAUUAGGUGCAACAGAACGACCUCUUCCUGUCCGGACAAGGAUGUUUGGUCGUGCUUGGCCAUUUCGAGCUAACGUAAGAGAAGGAAUCGUUCCAACUUGGCCAGAGCUCCUUAGCAGCCUUACCGUUCCUUGCACUGAUGAUGAAGUUGCUACCGAAUGGCUCAACAAUGAAGCAGUUAGGGAAGCAAUCAAUGCUAAACCAAAAAACGUAGCUGGGGAUUGGGAGCUGUGUACUGGUAGAAUCAAAUUCCACCAUGACGCUGGCAGCAUGAUGAAGUACCACAGGAACCUGACUUUGAAAGGCUAUAGGGCACUCAUUUUCAGUGGGGAUCAUGACAUGUGUGUUCCGUUCACUGGGAGUGAAGCAUGGACGAGAGCAAUGGGAUACAAGAUCGUCGACAAAUGGAGACCUUGGAUUUCAAAUGGAGAAGUUGCUGGGUACACUCAAGGGUAUGAGAACAACCUCACCUUCUUAACCAUCAAGGGCGCUGGUCAUACUGUUCCAGAAUACAAACCAAAAGAAGCACUUAACUUCUACAGCCGGUUUCUUGCUGGAAAAGCAAUAUGAUAAAAGAAAGAUCCGUAGAAAGUAGAAACGCUUCCACGUAUGUGUUGUUUAUAGGGGGCUUAAAUGUGGAUGUGUGGGGGGACAGGGGGAGUGCAAUAGAAGCCAGUCAGUUUGCUGCUUCUUAUUCUUUGUCCUCUUUAUUUAAGUAUAACUGGUAAUAAUAAGAAGGUUUAAUAGUAUAAUUUAUCCAUUUACUAUAUUUUUUCAAACUUGUCUUCUAUUAUUUUUCACAUCAAAUGUACACCUCUAUUAUCACAAAAUAUUAAACUUA